CUUCUACAUAUCGGUGACCAUCAACCUAUACACCCAAUUAACACAAUCCGGAAGAGAUCCAGGAAAAUAGGAUCCCUAAAAAAUUGAAUCAUUGACAACUCAAAUUUUCUGGCGAUUCACAAGAGAAAAGAGAUAGUAGAGGGCAACCACUCCUCAGGCGAGAAGACCGGAACGCCCACCAUCUCCCCCCACACAUAAAACAUAUAUAAAUUAUAUAUACCGACCACACAACCCGCAACCAUGGAUAUCCGCGUGCUUCGACCCUCGGACAUCCCGCACGUCCAGCUCGCAAACAUCACCAACCUGCCCGAGAAUUACUUCUGCAAGUACUACCUGUACCAUGCCAUGAGCUGGCCGCAGCUCAGCUACGUCGCUGUUGAUGUCUCCCGCCCCCAAAAGACGCCCUACGACCCCCCCAAGAUCGUCGGCUACGUCCUCGCGAAGAUGGAAGAAGACCCGGCCGACGGCAUCCAACACGGGCACAUCACCUCGCUCUCCGUGAUGCGGACGCACCGGCGUCUCGGGCUCGCCGAGAAACUCAUGCGGCAGUCGCAGCGCGCGAUGGUGGAGACCUUCGGCGCGCACUACGUCUCUCUGCACGUGCGUGUCUCCAACACCGCGGCCUUGCACCUCUACCGCGACACCCUCGGCUUCAAGGUGGAUAAGAUCGAGGCGAAGUAUUAUGCCGAUGGCGAGGAUGCGUAUAGUAUGCGUAUGGACCUUGAGGGGUUGAAGGAGCAGUUGUUGGAGGAGGAGGAGAGUACGUUUGGGAAGGAUGAGGGGGAGGCGGUGGGGGAUGAGAAGAGUGGGGAGGGGGAGGGGGAGGCGGGCAAGGAGAGGAAGAGGAAGGUUAAGGUUGGACGGGGGCUCGGGGUCGGGGAUCUGGUGGAGAAGAAUGAGGCGUCGGCUGCGGCGUAGUGGGUUGUUCUUGGGGGAUUUGAGGUGAUUGAUGGGGGUUAGGGGAGAAGAAUGAAUUCACAAAUUUGCAUUAUAGAAUUUGAGGAUGGGAAAAGAAAAUGUGACUGAGAUGUGGUGCGGUUCGAUCGACGCAGACGUUUGGCUAACAGCAACCCUCGGUGACAAUUCAACGUGAGCUCGUUUCGCCAAUUCAACGAUACACUG